AUGAACUCAACGGCGAACGGAUCCAGCGGAUCUUGGAACUGCUUUUCUCAGUUAAAUUCUACUGCGUGGAAAAUCGGAGGAACCGUUACCUUCUGUCUGUUCAUUAUAGUUUCACUUGCCGCAAAUUCUCUCAUUGUAAUGAUCGUUUAUAAAACGCCGAACUUAAGAAAACCGAUAAAUUAUUUCAUCGCAAACAUGGCCUCAUCUGAUUUGCUUUUUCCAUUCUUCUUUAUACCUUGGAACCUGUCAAGGUUGCACACCACCUCGCUUCUUACCGGUGGUCCGCUUGGCCAGGCCUUUUGUAAGCUUGUUGCCUUCUUUGGAGAAGUUUCCAUUGCUGUUUCGAUUCAGAAUCUGAUUCUUAUAGCAGUGGAUCGCUUUGGAGCCGUGGUAUUUCCACUCCGUUCCCCACUCAUCAGAUCCAAGCUGUGUCCCUUCUUCAUUCUUGCCACGUGGAUAGUUGCCGUAGCUGUUAAUUCGCCAUACUUGUUCGCCAUCGAGGUCGUUGAAUACCCAGAGGGAACCUGGUGUGUUGCGAAAUGGAAGAAAGUAUUCGGAGAGUCAUCAUCCCAUGCCAGUUUCGUACUAGCUUACCACAUUCUGUUUAUAUACAUCCCUGUUAUGUUGUUAGUCAUUCUUUAUUCCAUCAUCUUUAUCAAGCUCAAGACACAGGUACACCCAGGUGAACAGUCGACCAACAAUCAGCGACAGCAGAAAAGAAGAAACAGAAACGUUCUUCAAAUGUCCAUUGCUAUCGUAACAGUGUUUGUGCUUUGCUGGUUACUAGGCUCUAUCAACUCUUUAAUCUUCCGUUAUCACUACAGUUCCACGCAUUUCUCGUGUAGUUUUUGGCUAUACGCCUCUGUCACCAAGUACAUGACGGCUAACGCGUACUGUGCUAUCAACCCAGUUAUCUGUUUUAUUUUUAGCAGUAAUUACCGAAAAGCUCUC